GACAGACACAAAAAAAAAACCAAUUUGUCAUUCACCUGCACUUAAAAUUCCUGACCAUUUGGAUUUUGGAAUUGAAUGCAAGUUUUUUCUUUAAAAUAAGUUCCUCCAAACUGCAACAAAAACGAUACAAUGGCUGAAAACGCUGGCAAUUGGUGCUUAAUUGAAAGUGACCCUGGUGUAUUUACCGAAUUAAUUAGAGAAUUUGGUGUCGAGGGUGUACAAGUUGAAGAGAUUUGGAGUUUGGAAGCCGAUUCAUUCAAGAAUCUCGAACCAAUUCAUGGACUGAUCUUUCUAUUCAAAUGGGUACAGGACGAUGAACCCUCUGGCUCUAUUGUUACUGACAAUCGAACCGAAAAGAUUUUCUUUGCCAAACAAGUCAUAAACAAUGCAUGUGCCACUCAAGCUAUUUUAAGCAUUUUGCUCAAUUGUCAUGACGAGGAUAUUAAGCUUGGAGAUACAUUGACCAAUUUUAAGGAAUUUUGUCAAUGCUUCGAUCCCUACAACAAAGGACUUACUCUCAGCAAUGCCUCUCAAAUUCGUACUGUGCAUAAUUCAUUUGCCAGGCAAACACUCUUCGAAUUAGAUUCUAAAAAUCAAAACAAAGAUGAAGAUGUAUUCCAUUUCAUUGGUUACAUACCGAUUGAUGGUCGUCUCUACGAAUUGGAUGGCUUGAAAGAAGGUCCCAUUGAUUUGGGAGCAAUUGAAACAUCGCAAAACUGGAUUGACGUUGUUCGUCCUAUUAUCGAAAAGAGAAUGCAAAAAUACAGCGAAGGUGAAAUCCAUUUCAAUUUGAUGGCAAUCGUUUCGGACAGACAAAUGAUUUAUCAGAAACAAAUUGAUAAAUUGCUCAAUGAUUCCGAAAAUGCUAUGGAAACAGAUGAUAAGCAAACUGAAGUAGCUCGACUUAGAUCAUUGAUUGAAGAUGAAAUUGUCAAGCGCAAACGUUACAGGAUCGAAAAUAUCCGUCGCAAGCAUAACUACUUGCCGUUCAUUGUUGAGCUCUUAAAAAUGCUUGGCGAACAAGGUCAAUUAACUCCACUUUAUGAGAAAGCCAAACAAAGGGCUUUGGAGCGAGAGACUUCUACAACAACAACUACUACCACUAAAACAAAAUCAUAAAUGCAUUUAUUGUUUAGGUAUUUAUAUAUGAUGUAUUCGAAGAGAUUCUCAUGAUUACCAAGUCCUUUUAUUAAACGUUAAAAUAGUUAAA